AUGGCACACAUGAACCGAGCAAUGUGUGCACUGACCCUUCGGGCUUGGCGUUGCAGCCCGCCUGGAUGGAGGCGAGCUUGGCUUCGGCUCCACACCACAGGCAGCCUUCCUGGCGAAGCCCUCGCACCUGGAGUACCAGGAGGUGCUGCAAAGCUCAGUGAGAUCGCAAAGGUGCCCCUGUUGAUGAAAGAGUCACCGGUGAGGGUGCGCGAGAUCUGGCUUGAAAGGUUUCAGGACAAUCCUGUGGCUGUCGCAGGGGCUAUAACAGACAAAGACUUCAGAUCGUUGCAAGCAAAUGCCGAGGCAUGCCCGAUGUUUGUGGUACCAUUACCUCGUGGAGAGGGCUAUGCGAAUCUGGUCUGGCAGGUGCAAGGGGAUCGUAUCCUCUUCAAGACCUUGGAAGGCUUUCAGCAGAACUCGCCGGUCAUCGAUCUCGGCGUGACCUUCUUUACCGAGCUGCUGGGGACCCACCAGCUAGUUCUCCUGCGUGGUGAGAUCAAAUCCAACUUACUCUCAAAGGAGGAAGCGGCCAAACUGGUGCGCUACAUGCGAGAGGCUUAUUGUGAUCCUGCGCUUUUUUCUUGGGUAAAGCGCUUCAACCACUCUGCCAGAGACUUCGACUGGCAAGAGUUUAUGUCCCAAGCUCGACCGCUGGAGCGCUGGCAAUCGAUUUCCUGA